UAAUUGAGUCAAACCAAUUAUAUAUAUAAUAAAUAAAAAUGAGGUGGUAAGUAGUUGUCAUGGGUUUCAGUUUCCCGCACGUUGCCAGGAUGGAGCCAAAAAUUACCUUAUAUUUAAAGAUCCCUAGCCGGACCAUAAACAAAUUCAGACCAAAAGAAUAAAACCUUUGUUAAAUUGUAUUACUUUUCAGUAUUAAAAUAAAUAAGUAAUUCGGGACAAAAGGAAGCGAUGAGAUGAUGCCAAAUGGGCGAGGCCAGAGAUAUUCAUUUAUUUUCUUAUACAUAUCCAGAAAACAUAUCCCAAUUUUUUUUUUAAUUCUUCCUCAAAAAGGAUCCCUCGGGUGUCCUCGCACUGAAAGAGGCCUUCCAACACUUCAAUGAUUAAAAGGGAUUGAUUGAACACCCCACCAAAACGAACCGCCCAUAAUCUCUUCUCAAUUAUGUUUUUAUCCCCAUUUUGUAAGGCAAACUCAAUCGCACCCGCUCAAGUCAAAUACCGCCCCCGCCCCCCGUCCCCUCACGGGCAUCACAAGUCUACUCUGAUUUAGUCCAUCGGAUCCUUGCGCCACCCCCACCCCACCUUGAAAGCCUCGCGAUCGACCACCGCGACCAUCAUAGUCGCGUUUGCAAGUGGUGCUGGACGACUUUAUGGCAUUUUUGGUGCGCCUUUGGAGCUCCCAGGACACCCAAAUGUUCCCCCUGAGAGCCUCACGGGACGUGCGGCGGCACAGACGCAAUGCAUAGCUGGAUGAGGACAUGACUCGAAUUUCCCCCGCAGUUGGAUAAUUCCACGUUUGUAAUUAGGGUUUCGACAGAGGCUACGAGACAAUCUCCAGUUAAAUACUUGUGCGUUGUUAAUGAAUGCGCUUGUAAGUUAUAGCUCAAUGGCCAUGGAACGUGUGCGUGGCCGCUGAAUACUGGCAUGUAUACGCAGCAGUACGGACAGUCUUUUAGAAAGCACCUGAGAGCGAUACGUGAGUAAAAGUACACCAUAUUGACAAAAAAAUCCUUUCCCUCUAAGUCACCUUGCAGUAUAUUGCCUCAAAUUCUUGAAGUGCAGUAGCUACAUUUGCUGCAGCUUUAUGUAUCAAAGGUAGUUCCUCAAUGUUAAAUGAAUGUUAUUGAAAGUGGAAGUAAAACUAACAGCUUUUAAAACAAAUCUGGUUAUAGUUUUGAUUAUGAUUUUAUUUAUUUUCAUAUAUUUAGUUGACGGUCCUAUAAUGAAAGAUCUCCGGUUGACUAAUAUAAGUGAAGUUUGCUGGCAAUCACGUUAAGCGCAUGCCUAAACCAAGCUCAUGAUAACCGUAGUCUUCCUGGUCGACAACAUCUGCUGCCGGAGAUGCUGCGUGAACGGCACAGUCAGCACUAGGUGCUUUUUUUAACUUCACUUCCAUUCAUUUGUGUUGCAUGCCUCGCUGCGGACUCCUGUAUUCUUCUGCUUUUGUACUCAGCGGUUGAGGCCUUACCUCCACAGACACUUCAUAUUAAAUUUAUUUUGGAAGAAUGAAGAUGGUUGGGGGAAAGUACUGAGUACCCGUUACGUGACAAGAGUGCGCCUGGUAGCACCUCCAGCACGCUGCUUUGACUCAUCUCAUUUCCCCGGACUCUGGAGAGCCAUGUCUCCCACCAUGGUGGAACACAACAGCUUGGACAUCAUGUGUCUGAAUAAAUACUGCAACAGCUCCUCGUCGUCGUCCAGCUCUGAGAACGACAAAAAGAUUUGGACCAAGCUGAAGCUGAAUUUGGCCGAGGACUACCCGAGGAAGAAUGCAGAGAUCCUGAGCGGGCAAUACGGCACCAAUGUGCUGAUGAUCGGAGCGGCGCUCAUGCUGGCCCUGGCCCACCAUAGCCCGUCUGUCAAGGAGGACCACCUGUUGUCCUUCAUCACCUCCCUCAUGAUCCUCCAGCUCGUCUGGAUGCUGUGGUACAUGCUAGUCCGGAGCAGACACAGGAACACGCGCACUGAGAAGGAUGUCCAUGCCACCACAUGCUGGAUCAGAGGUGGUUUGACACUUCUUGCCCUCCUCUCAAUGAUAAUGGACGUGUUCCGAAUCGGAUAUUAUGUCGGCUAUCAAUCUUGCGUGUCGGCUGUUCUCGGGGUGUAUCCUGUCAUCCAUGCAAGUCACACCAUAGCGCAGGUGCACUUUCUGUGGUUUCACAUCAAGGAUGUCAUCAAGAGUUUCGAAACAUUUGAGAGAUUUGGUGUAAUUCACGCGGUCUUUACCAACCUCCUCCUGUGGUCCAACGGUGUGAUGUCAGAAGCUGAGCACUUCUUGAACAACCACAAGAGAAGGCUUUCUGCCCUGGGCUAUGGAAACCUCACUAUAGUUCACACUGAACCUCUCUGUAACUGCACCACCAGCACUUGCGCCAUGUUCUCCAGCAGCCUCUACUAUCUGUACCCCUUCAACAUCGAAUACCACAUUUUUGUCUCCGCCAUGCUCUUUGUCAUGUGGAAGAACAUUGGAAGGACCAUUGACCUUUCUUCAAACCAGAAACGGCUAGCUACCAAAACUCAAGGUUUGACCCUGGGCCCCAUUCUCGGUCUAGUUGCCCUCGCCAGCACCAUCGGGAUUUUAGUGGUUUAUAUAACACACGUGGAGGGUUCGGUUCAAACGCGGCGGUCGGCCAUUUCCAUGUUCUACAUCUACGGCAUCGUCAUGCUGGUAUUUAUGUGCUCUGCCUGUGCAUCAGGUUUACUUAUAUAUCGAGCAGAUCACAUCCCACCGGACACCUCAAAGAACCCCUCAAGACAGCUGGACACGGAACUCCUAUUUGGAUCAUCUAUUGGCUCCUGGUUCAUGUCUUGGUGCAGCAUCAUAGCUGUGUUGGGAGCUAGCAGCAGUCCCCCUUACCGUUGGACCAAUUUGACUUAUUCAUUGCUUGUUGUGUUGGAGAAGUGCAUCCAGAACCUGUUCAUCAUAGAGUCCCUCUACCGCCGCCAGGACGAUGCUGGGCGCGGUGACCCUGAAUUAGUAGCGUCUCCAGAAAUCUUCUCAGUGACUUCCUCUUUGUCUAAACCUUACAAUGGCAUCUUCACCCGAGCCUAUGACACACCGGACAGGGCUUGUGUCGCCAUGGAAACUGAGCAGCAAGAGAGUGGACAGGUGUACAAAUGUCCGAGGAAACCAUCGGAGGUGCCAGUGCCUUUUGGAACCCAAGUGGUAAACACCCCAAAUAUCAAGAGGCAAAUCCUGAAGAACAUCUCUGUCUUCUUGAUUAUGUGCAACAUCUCGCUGUGGAUCCUCCCCGCCUUUGGUUGUCGGCCCCAGUACGAAAAUGGCUUGGAACAGGAGGCGUUCGGUUUCAGCAUAUGGACUACAACUCUCAAUUUUGCGGUUCCUCUCAACCUUUUCUACCGCAUGCACUCGGUUGCUUCUCUAUUCGAGGUCUUCCGCCGCAUCUGACAGACAAUCAGAAGUUAGACAAUGCGCAGCAAUACUUGCGUCUGCUGGUUACUGAGUAGGUCUCCCGGCAUGGCUGAAACAUUCACCAGACUUAAAAGUACCGGUAAGCCCUGGCAACAAACACAACAUAUGUUUUGUAAGGAUUUACAAUUCCACCAUAUUAACCUGUGUCCCUUGAAAAACUACUCUGCGUAAUGUGAAUGGGGAAAAAAAAAUCAAGAAUUUAUCAAGGGGUUCUUUAUUUGUUCUGUUGUCACAUUUCAGUCCAUUUUUGAGUAAAUCCUGUUGUAUGUUAGUAUUGUAUUGUAUGCAAUAUUGUGUGCAACAGAUCAUAUUCUCAAGAGUUCCAGAAAGAACGUCUCACAGCACUGUGUUUUAUAUAAUGUGCAAAUGGCAGAUGCUUUGACCUAUAGCUAAUACGCAUUUGAAAUAUGCGAACUAUUUAUAGAUGGAUGAUGUUCUCGUGAUAGAAUUUUCAUAUAGUAUCAUCUCGGAUGUCAGUGUUGGCUCAGUACCAAAUACAGGGUGUUCCAAAACUUUUGACAUCAUUCGAAGUAUGAAUAAAGUAUCUGAAUACUGGUGUUUCUAUUGAUUUUCCUCAAGAACUGUUUGACUGUGAUCCGUUAUUCACAAAAAUGGCCAAAAAUGCUAAUUCAGUGCUAGCAAAUUAGAUUCUUCAAAAAGCAAAACAAUGAACUAAUGUCAAACCAAAGCUCAAGAUUAUUUUUCAAAUGAGUUACAUUUUACGCAUUUUGCUAUACGUUUGGGUCAUUUUUGCCAGAAUCUGGUUUUAUUGGACUGUGAAAUGUCAGUUUUUUUGUACUGUUUAAUUUUGGAAUGCCCUGUAUUCAAUGCACCACAGAAAAAUUCCGAGAGAAACCUAAAUUUUUGCAAAUUCUAUGACAAGAUAAUUUGGAGAGCACCUUUAUGGCUGAGAUAAUGUUCAUCCAUUGAACAAUAGUUCUCAAAAUCUUACUGCAUAGCACUGCUUUCAUUUUGAUUUUUAGUGGAGGUCUGUAUUUUGCGUCCCAAUGUGUCAGGAGAGCUCCAUACUAAAUGAAAACAUGUAAUUUGUGUUCUUACCACCACAAAAUGUUGAAUAUUUGUAACAUCUGUUGCUUGUAAGGUCAAAUAUAGCAAGAUAUGUGAUAGUUACUGUUUUCUAAACUCCAGAAUGGGAAUAAGUCUAGAGUGAUUAUGCAACAUGCCGGUGGAUCACAAAAGUGCCCCAACAACUUUUCAUUUGCUUGAAUGGGCUGCCGGCAGCACGGUGGUGCAGUUGUAGAGUGUUGACCUCACAGUUCUGAGGAGUAGGGUUCAAAUCCCAGCCCCGCCUGUGUGGACUCUGCAUGUUCUCCCCGUGUUUGCGUGGGUUUUCUCUGGGCACUCCGCCCCCCAUCCACCCACACACACACUCCAAAAACAUGCAUUAAUUUUCAGACUUGGAUGAAUUAUCUGCCUCCGUGUGCCCUGUUAUUGGGUGGCAACGAGUUCAGAGUGUACCCUGGAUCAUGCCCAAUGACAGCUACGAUUGGCUCCAGCACUGAGGAUAAGCAGUUCAGAAAAUUGAUGGAUGGAUAAAUGGGUUGCCUUCAGGUUGCAUGUUUUUCCUUCAAUCUAGUCAACAUUUACAUAUCUAUUCACCACUUCUUACAGCGAUGCUGAUGUGCAUACUGCCAAGAAAUCAUAUAUUAAUUCACACACUGAUGGGGGCUCAGCGCCUUGCUCAAGGAUACUUCAGCAGGAUUUGCAAAGUGACCCAGUUUUGUGAUGUAUAGCUACAACCGAUGAAUUAAUGUUCAGUAAAAGUUCUCAUUCUGGUGCUACGUACCAUCAUCUCAGUAAGUGCCAACAUAUGUUAUUAUUCGUUGUUGUUUUGUGUGUGCGAAACUAUUGCUUGUAUGUAUCUUUGUAUAUGCGCAAGAUCAAAAUUAUUCAGAGGUUGACUGGGACAGGAUUGUGUAAAAAUCAC